ACGUUUGCUAAAAUGUCAAAGAAGGCUAAGAAGAAGAAGCAAAAAAGAGAAAGAAAGGGGUCGUCUUCAUCAGCACGCGAGGAUGAUGACAAGCUAUGCCAUGAAAAGGAUUGCAAGAGACGAAAAACCUCAGAUGAAAAACACAGUAGCAUCUCUAACGUCAGGUCUAUGCAUGAUGAAGAGAGGAAGAGGAAGAUGGUAUCUUCCCCAUCACCAAAGAAAGACACCUCUGAGAGCUCUUCGGGGAAAGACAGGCAGUAUAAAAAGGCUGUCUACAGACUGAGCACGGUUAUACCUUCAGACAAUGACAGAGACCAUAGAAAAGAUGUUGGAGAAAAGCCCUCUAAAUCCAGCAGUGCCAGUAUCCAUGUAAGUGCAAGCAAGACCUCUCACUGCUAUGCAAGGAGCCCGCUGAAACCAGCUUCAGGAGGAGCGUCUCUCAGGACGGGUCUGUCACAGGAACUUCAGGAAAAAAGAAGGCAGCUUGUAAAGCGACGAUCAAGGGAAGUAGAAAGUUAUAGUCCUUCUCAGGGAAAGAGCACCCACGAGCGCUCAUCGGACCCCAGAAAACCACCUGCUGCCUUGGAAAAGGCUUCUACCUCUGACACAAAUAUAAGCAUAUCAAAGGCGGUCACCCAAGGGCGGUCUGGGCACGCUGAAAGCUCGAAACCUUCCGGAAGCAGUCAAGAAGAAAAGCCACAUUCCAAACCUCGUGAGCGUUUCAGUUUUAAAAUAUCCAAAAAGACCAAUCUCGUGACAAACAGAAGUGAAUUAUGGGAAGGGUCCUCGCGUAGAGAUGGCAAAGCAGGUAUCACCAGGAGGUUGUCGGGUUCAGGGCAGCGUCCCCGGGUGGAGAAUGUGGUCUCAGAAUAUACAUUUCCUGACAAAAAGACUGCAGAACAAGCCAGGCAGAGCAGUAAACGAAAUCCAACAGCAACUCACCAUGCCAGAGUUAUCUCGCCACCCACAGAAAGACUCCAGGAGGCCAAAGAAGUAUGCCCUGGUGUAGACAAUCAUGGAAGAACAGACAGUAAUAUUAUAACAUCAUCCAAAGAGACUGUAACCUCAAGAGUUUUUUCAGAGGCCACAGAAACUGGGGACAAUGACCAGGAGAUGCAGCUGAUGGAGGAGCUGCACCUGGCUCGCUCCCAGAGGCGCCUGGAGGUCAAUGUGGUGGAAAGCUAUGGAGAGCUCACCUGCAUGGACAUUGACCCUCCUGAGAACAUAACCACGCUGUCAUUCAGUAAAGGGCAUCAGGACAUUCUCAUAAUCCUGGACACCAACAUCCUUCUCAGUCACCUGGAUUUCGUUAAGAGGAUGAGAUCACACGGCCUAGGAGCUCUAGGGUUCCCCAUCAUCCUGAUUCCCUGGGUGGUGAUGCAGGAGCUGGACGCGCUUAAGAGCGGGAAGCUGUCCAGCGACGUGGUGCACAAAGCCAGGCCCGCGGUUCACUUCAUCUACACCUCCCUGAAGAACCAGGAGCCGCGGCUCUGGGGCCAGUCCAUGCAGCAGGCGGCCCGGGGAUUCUGCGGUCUGAAUGCUGAGAGCAAUGACGACCGCGUGCUGCAGUGCUGUUUGCAGUACCAGGGUUUAUACCCGGGGGUGACUCUCAUUCUUUGCACCAAUGACAAGAACCUGUGUAGCAAAGCCCUGCUGAGUGGAGUGAAGGCUGUGAGCAAGGCUGACCUGGUGUCUGAGGUGGCACGGCUGGAGUCCCAACCAAACACCCACCAGGCUUUCCCCCUCUCUGUGCUUCCACAACCAGCUGAGGAUGGGAAGGCAACCGGGACUGAGAAUGAGAGUGAGAACGAGAGAAGGCUGGCAGCGGCGGAACCCUGUGAGGUCAGCGCCUCCGUGUCCAUACUGGAGGGGGCCCUGCAGGGGGCGCUGUCUCGGGUGCUAGAGGCGGAGAUGAAGGCUGCAUUUGGUGAUCUGUGGCAAGAGGUUGUGUUUGUGAAGCCACCCUGGGCCCUGAAUGACCUCCUGCUGUGCUUUAAGAAGCACUGGAUUGCGGUAUUUGGGAACGUCAUUCAGAGGGGUCUGUUGAACUCUGUUGAAUACCUCAGUGAAAGCCUUUGCAAAGGUAAAACUAUGGACAGGUUCUCCACCAAACUGGCCGUCCGUCAGGCCCGUGAGCUGCUACUUGCCUUCAGCCACAGGUCGGAUUAUGGCGGGCACCUCACCAAGUCUCUCUCUGCGCUGGAGCUCCUCCUGCAGGAAGCCCCUCAGGAGACCUCAGGGGACCAUGCAUUGGCCAGCAGUGACGGUGACAUACUCAUGGCAGUGGAGGAGGGAGUCACGGACCCCCAGCGAUUGUAUCAGGAGGUGUGGGCCGUGUUUGAGAACAUCUGGAACAAUGUGUGUCAGGCCAGGUCCACUGUGUUUGCAGCUCUACAGUUCAUACCUGACGUUUUAGAGUCCGGCCUGCCUAGCGAGGGGCCUCCCCCAUCUGAGGAGGCCUUGUCCUACCUGCAGAAACUCACCACUGUUGUCCGACAGCUAGUGGAGUCUAUCCAGAGAGUUCUGUCAUCCAGCAGCUGCUCUGAAGACGUGCAGUCCCUGCUCACUUUUAUCAACACCAGUGAGAUUGCUACCAUGAAACCAAGCUUCACGGCUAAAGAUCUGUUUGAUUGUCUUUCUCAACAAGAAUACAGGGAGAAGUUGCGCGUGGGUGGGAGCCAGCUGGUGGACCUGAGUCUCAGUCUGGAGCGCUGUGCCUCAGCUGCGGCCAGCCGGGCCGGGAGCAGCUCCUGGCCAUGAGCACUCGCCCGGACCAGAGCACCGACACACUGUCCUCCAAUCACAUCACAUCACAUCACAAACGCAUAGCUCAGUAUCCGCUCAUUCCAGAACCCUACCAUGUCACCUCACUUCAGCCGUAGUGUUGAAAGCACUGAAAAAAAAAAAACAUUUUUUUUAGGAGUGAAGAGCAUUUUGA